AUGAAAAGAUAGGAAGAAGUGAAGAAAGACUGGUGAGGCCGUUUUGGUGACAAUAGAGAAGAUGGCAAGCGCUGUUCACUCUUCAUCUUCAUGCUUGGCCAUGGCCAUGGCCCUUCCUUCCAAGCUCAGUACCCUUUCCAUCAAUGCUGCUUCUUCUAAUUCGAGGUCUCUCAGUUUUUCCUCUGCACUUUCCCACGAUUACUUCUCCAGAGGGUGCUUGUCAAUGGGCUCAAUUCAAUACCCAAUUAUUCGCCGUUCUAUUGUUUGUGAGGCUGCUCCAACCAAAAAAGCUGAUUCUGCUGCUAAGAGAGUUCGCCAGGCCGAGAAAAGGCGCCUUUACAACAAAGCUCGCAAAUCCGAAAUCAGAACUCGGAUGAAAAAGGUUUUGGAAGCUUUGGAGACACUAAAAAAGAAGCCAGAUGCUCAGGCAGAAGAAGUUAUUACAGUUGAGAAGCUCAUUGCCGACGCAUACUCCAUCAUUGACAAAGCAGUCAAGGUAGGAACAUUGCACAGAAACACCGGAGCUCGCAGAAAGUCUCGAUUAGCUAGAAGAAAGAAGGCUGUGGAGAUUCACCAUGGCUGGUACACCCCUGCUUCUGAAGCAACUGUCUGAUUCAAAGCUCAAGUUAGUUUGCACUAUUAGAAGCAGAAGCAGAGGAGAAUACCGAAUAUGAGAUGAUAAUUGUUUGUCUUCUAUUACAUACAUUAUGUCCCUUUUAGUAUUGUGCAUAUAGUUUGCAUCCACAUCUCCUUCUCUUGACAUCGCACAUACAAGUUGCUUUUAGUGUCUUGAAGCAAAUUUUGGCGAUUUUAAUGUCAGCAAUUUGAACGUACUGGAGACUUCCAUCAAUGAUUUAAUUUAGCUUAACUGUGCAAA